AUGCGCAAUCUUACCCUACUCACCGCCAGUGUUUCGCCCACUGAUCCGACACUCUCUACGCUCACAUUUAGCCUCUACGUGCACCCUACUCUUUGUAACGGCAUGGGAAAUCUACACGGUGGCAUGGUCGCGACUAUCUUUGACAUAUGCACCAGUUUCUGUGUAUAUCCGGUGUGUCGCGAGGGCUUCUGGGACGGGGGACACGUUAGCAGGACGCUGAAUUGUGUUUAUUUGAGACCGGCACCGGCGGGAGAGGAGGUGAAGGUGGAGGCAGAGAUUGUGCAUUUGGGCAAGACGCAGGCGUUUUUUAGAGGAGUGAUGAGGGACGCAAGAGAGAGGGUAUUAUAUACUUGUGAGCAUAAUAAGGCCAAUGUCGCGCCGAAGUUGUAG